AGAUCUGCCUGUAGGUCUGCUAUUGGGCUUGUCACCACUGGAAGCAAGGAAAGAAGAAAAUACUUCAGAUUAGUACAGGUCCAACUUCUGUGGCAGAUCUGGUGGCCUUGGAGUGGCUGAAGACCACCACCCUCACAGGGCUGCACACAGGCACAGCCAUCCCUCUUUAACUUGAGUGUGUUUCCUCAGCAUGUUAUCCAUAUCACUAGCAGAACCUUAGUUGGAAAGGGAGCUGAGUGACUACUAGACUUUGUAGAAAAACAUUAACUUGGGACAGACCUUCAGUGAAGGCCUACACAAGGCUAGGGGUACAUUAUUUGGUGUUGCUUUUAACUUGGACCAUGAUUAACUCCAAGGCUACAGAAAAUGCUAGAGAAGAGGUUGGGGAUGGCCUGAAAGCUGCAAUCAGUAGCCCUGACAAUGCAAGAGUGAGGGCUAAGGCUCAGUCCAUAGCAGUGGUUGAGGCAGAACCAAAAGCAGAAUUAAUGACCCAGGCCAAGUUUGGAGAUGGAAUAAUGGCCAUGACACAGCCAAUGACCUACACUGAACCUGUGACUAGGAUAAGGGAAGUAAACAAAAUGGAACAUAUGACUGAUACUAGAGUCGUGGUUGAAACUCAGACAAAACUCUUUGCACAGCCUGCUAUAGUGCCCCAAACCAAAUCAGAGGCUGUGCUUGUGUCUAGGCUCAAUGCUAUAACUAAGCCGACAGUCAGAGUUGUUUCUGGCAGUGAGGAAAAUGUCCGGUCCUGUGCCAAGGCUGAUGAUAAGGCCAAUAUUGUGUCCAGAUAUGAGAUAAAGGAAGAGGCCAGCAUCAAAUCCAUGGCUGGGAACAAAGCUGGCUUUGGAAUCAAGUCCACUGAUGAAGAUGAAGAAAAUGUCUGCUCCUGGUUCUGGACUGGAGAAGAGCCUAGUGUAGGGUCCUGGUUCUGGCCUGAAGAAGAAAACUCUCUUCAAACUUAUGAGGCCCCACCUAAAAUCCAGGAAACGCCCACACCCACACCCACACCCAUGCCCACACCCACACACAAACUGAAACUUACUGUAAAACAAAAAGCAACAGCAUGGUCAAGGGAUAGAUACAUUGUCCUAGUCCCAAUUGAGGAAGACGAACAACCCUUGCCUCCAGAAGGAAACUGGACCCUAGUUACAACAUUGAUUGAAACUCCUCUGGGUAUUCGGCCUCUGACCAAGAUUCCACUUUAUAAUGGGCCUUACCUCCAAACCUUGGCAGAGAUAAAAAAACAGAUUAGGCAAAGGGAAAAGUAUGGGCCUAAUCCAAGGGCCUGCUACUGCAAGUCACGUUGCUUUAGUUUAGAGCCUAAAGAGUUUGAUAAACUUGUUGCCUUACUGAAGUUAACUAAGGAUCCUUUCAUUCAUGAAAUAGCUACAAUGACAAUGGGCAUCAGCCCUGCUUAUCCCUUUACCCAAGGUAUAAUUCAUGAUGUUGGUAUUACAGUUAUGAUUGAAAACUUGGUUAAUAAUUCCAAUGUUAAAGAAGAUUCUACAGCUUGUAAUGUGGUUGAUAAUAGCGCUGAGUCUUCUGCAGAACCAAAAGUGGGUGAAUCGUGUAUACCUCAAAUGUGUAAAGAUAUAAUCUCUUAUCCUUUGAACUCCACUGUGCAACUGGCUGGUCUAAAAUUAUUAGUGCCCCUGAGUGUGAAAUUUAAGAAUCACCAGAUGAUUCUCAGUUACAUUCCAGAUAUGCUCACAUUGUUAAACAAGGGAAGUGUUAAAAUCAAAUUUUAUGCUUUAAAAGUGUUUUUAUGCUUGUCUAAAAAUCAAGCCAACACAAGAAAACUGAUCAGUGCUGAAGUACUGUCAUCACUGGUUGCACUCUUUAACAAGAAUGAGUCAAAGGCCAAUAUUUUUAAUAUCAUUGAAAUUUUUGAGAAUAUAAAUUUCCAAUUCAAAAGAGGGUCAAAGUUAUUUACCAAAGAAAAGUUCACUAAAUCUGAACUCAUUUCUAUAUUCCAGGAAGCAAAAGUGUUUGGUCAGAAACUCCAAGACUUAGCAGAGCACAGUGAUUCCGAGAGCUCUACUAGUUUAUAAUACCAGCUGUGGAUACUACUGUCAGUAUUGGAGAUAUUCACUGUACGGUCAGACCAGAGCCUUUGGAAAUAUUAUAUCUGAUGGCCUGUGGAGAACACAAAUGAUGGCUAUGCAAUUUCGAAUAUCAGCUAAAGAGAGGAGUGAGUGGGAAAUGUGUAUGUAUCUGCAUCGAGAUGCUGAUGGUUUCUCCUUGAGUGGGGAUUGUAAGAGGGAGACUCAUCUCUAAAAUUAUUCCUGAGAUGUCAUCUAUUGAUGUACACCUACUUUGUUUCUAUCUUUUGGCUAUUAUGAAUAAUGCUGCAGUAAGUAUGGGAAUACAGCUGUCUGUUGGGGUCCCUCAUUUCAAUUCAUCUGACUACAUACCUAAAAGUGGAAUUGUUGGGCUAUAUGAUAAUUGCAUAUGUAGCUUUUUAAGAAAUUCCAAAUUAUAUACCACAGUAACUGCACCAUUUUACAUCCUCAUGUGCAACUGUUCCAAUUUAUGCACAUACUCACCAAAACUUUUUUAUUUUCCAUUGAUUUUUGUACUUCUUUUUAAACUGAAACAUAAAGAAUGUAUAUAUUAAUGCAGUACCAUGUAAUGUUUUGAUACACAUAAUACUUUAUAACAUUUAAAUCAGGUUAAACAUAUCCAUCUUCUUAAACAUGUAUUAUUUAUUUAUGCUAAAAGCUUUUAAAAUCCUUUCUUCCAGCUUUUCAAAAUGUGCUGUACACAAUUGUUAUGUGUUGUAAUUCCACUGUACAAAUUCUGCACACCAGAAAUUCUUGCUCUUAUCAACUGAGGAAUGGAUAAAGAAGAUGUGGUUUUCUAUACAGUAGAGCACUA